GCCUCUGCGGUCUGGUGGUGCAGUUGCAGUGUUAUAGUAUUGUUCACUCCUGAUGUAACUAACAAAUUAUUAUUUAUUCUAAAUUUUUAUUUACAUUAUUCACUCACUGUUCACUCAUAAUCUGUCGUUGAAUGUCUUAGAACGGAAAUAAUUAGUCGCCCUUAUAAUUUUCGAUUUGGCAGUAGGUUUGAUCGAACGAUUUUCUGUCUUGCUUGUGAGUAUUGUAAUAAGAGAAAAGCUCGUAUACACGAACAUGGCGAACAACAGCGAAGACCUCUCGGUUAACGAUCCGUCGACAACCAUCUGCCAAGAGUUCAAAAAAAUCAACUUUUUACCGUCAACAGUCAACUUUGUGGACGGAUACGAAAAUCCAAUUGCCUGGCAGAAGAGGUUCAAUGUGUGCGGCGAUCAGUCGAAAGACGUACUGUUCGACAACUUGGACAUGAAGGCCAUCACCCAGGGUCAGUACGGCAUGCAGCACGACACGUACCCAGAGUUCAUCAAAUGGAAACUAUUUGGUUAUAACAUAGUUAUAUGUUAUGAAUAUAUUGCUGAAGGAAAGGAAACUAAAGCUUUAAACAUUAUUAGUGAAAUUGAGAACAUUUUAUUGUCUAUUGGAAAUAAUGAUCCGUUUUUAAAAUCUAUUAGGAUAGCUCUUAAUCACAUUACGUUUUCAAUGAAAGGUUAUUUGUUUGAAUUGUGUUCAAUUAAAAAUAUGGUAUUGGAGCAUUUUAUCAUGCCAAAUAAUAUGAAUAAUAUAAAUAAAGCUGGAUUAUUUGGUAUUCAAACAUUAUUCUUUUACGAGUAUGGAUUACCUUGUGCACAAAUAGCAAAAGAUAGUGCACUUAAAGCAUUAUCACUAAAUGAAACUGAAGCUGAAUGGUAUUUUUUAAUGGCUAGAGUAUUAACACAUUGGCAAAGAACGUGUGGCAAUUAUUUUGAAUGUUCUGAACAAGAAAUUAAAGCGUCUGAAAUGGCAGUGAAACUUGGUAACAAAGAUCACCAUAAAUUGCAUUUAAUUCAUAUAUAUUAUAGGAUGAGUAAAAACAUGAAUAAAAAUAAAAAUGCCAAAAAUCAAAUUCUAGAAGAAGCAUUAAAAUUACUAAUUGAAGUAAUAGACAACACAAAAGAUUUUCUUUUGCUAAAAAAUUGUUUACUUAGCUUAUCAAAAAUUGCUCAAAAUAAAGAGUAUAAUAAUGAUAUUACUAUAAUUUUGGAGCAACUUAUUGAUGUAUUAAAGCAUAGUGAUAAUGGUUAUGUUCAUGGAGCAAUUGGAAACUACUUUUUGUUUAAUAAAAAGGAUUAUUUAAAGGCCAAAUUUCAUCUUAAAAAAGCUUAUGAUGUAAAAAGCUUUGGUUGUUCUAUUGAUUAUAUUUAUACAUUUUUUAAAAUAAAUGCAAAUACCGCACCAGUAGAACAAAUGUUGGUGGACUUGUUAAAAACGUUUACUCACCCUGUGCAUCAAGAAAAACUUUUAAGUCAAAUUAUAUCAUACCUUAUUCUAACCAAGAAUGAUCUCAUAAGUGCACUCAAAUAUAUUCCAACACUAUUGAACAUUAAAAAUGUGACUUGUAUUUACAGUCUCAUGACACAUAGAACCAAAUUUAGUAACUAUAAUCAAGAAGUUAAUUUGUUAGAUGUUUUGUCCGAAAAACUUUCUUUAGCUUUAAAAAAUACAACAUUGUCAACAGAUGAUAAAAUAAAAAUUACUGAAGUUAUGAAUAUUCUAGAGCCAUAUAAAUUAUAUGUAUCGAAUUUGAUGAAAAAUAAACAACACAUUUUUGGGGACAAAUUUACAAAUGGUUCUAAAGUUAAAACUGUACAAUAUAGUAAUGAAACUGGACGUAAAGACUCAUGGACUCAUAACAGUCAUAACAAUUAUAAACUAACUGUGAAUUCCGUGAAGAAUAAGGAGGAAGGUAAUUGGAGGACUUUAAAACCAGACUCCACUCCAAAAACUACAAUUUUCAUGCGUAAUAAUCAAACUCAGAUAAAAAAACCAUGGCAUGGAAAUCAAGAUAAUUCAUAAUUUGAACAAAAAAAAAAUAUUUUAUGAUUUGAAAUUAAUCAAUUUCAUUACAUAAAUUAC